AUGUCCCAUCAGUGUUUGAGUGUCUUCAUAACGCGCCUCAUGUAUCGUGAACCCUGUUGCUGGUGGCCUAUCGGUCAUUUGAGAGGAUGGAAAGGGCCUUCCGGAUUCGGUGCGCAGUCGAGUUGGCGAGAUGUGCUACUGGGCUUACCCAUGGAACUCAUGCGCAAGAAAUGUAUACUUCUGACAGGGGCGACGUCUGGAAUCGGCCUCGAGACGCUGCGCGCCUUUGCGCACACCGGGGCACUCAUCAUUGUUGGCACGCGCAAUGAACAUGACGCGAAUAUCAUGGCAAAUCAGCUCAUGAGGGAAACAGGAGCCGUCAUUCAAGUCUUCCCGCUCGAUUUGGGAAAUCUGGAGUCUGUUGAGCGUUUUGCUGAAGGAAUUUUCAAAUUGGAUAAGGAAAUCGAUAUCCUGGUGAAUAACGCCGGCCUGAUGCCGUGUCCGUUCGCGGGUCGAGAUGAAGCGUGGCAUGUGAACUUCAUUGGACACUACGCUUUGACAAAGAAAUUGCUCCCGCACAUGGCGCCUGGCGCUCGAAUCAUUAACGUUUCAAGCGAAGUGUAUCGCUUCUCUUAUCCCUGUGGUGUUCGAUUCAACGCUAUCGACGAUGCGAACGGGUACGACGCUGUAAAGAGCUAUGGGCAAUCGAAGCUCGCGCUCAUGCUCUGGACAAGCCACCAAAGUCAGGCCUUUCGCUCUGAUAAACGAGAACUCCAAAUUUUCGCCGUCCAUCCUGGUUCGGUUAAGACGCAAGGCGCCGAGGACGCGAGGAGUUCCAGCGGAUGGCGAGGCGCGCUUUUACACUGCAUCGGCGCACCGUUCGUCAAGUCCCUGGAGGCGGGCGCGAGCACGACCGUUUAUUGUGCCUUGCAUCCCACAGCGCGAAGCUACAAUCAUUUCGGCUUGGUCUAUUACGCGAACUGUAAUCCUCGUCAAUUGAAUAGACAAGCGAACGAUCCCGUCUUGGCGCGUCGCGUUUGCGAGUUCGCCGAUAGUUUCAUCGCUAGCGCGCGCAACAGAUCUAACUGA